ACCAUCACCGCCGUCAGCCCCCCUUCGCGCAGCUUUCGUUCCCUCGCUGCGUCCGUCUGGACACCGCGCUUUCUCAGCGCGCCGCGCGAGACUGUGCAGCGCCGCUCGACCGCAAGCUUGCCUCGCCCGCAUCCCGCGCCCCCGGCAGCAUGUCCGCCUCCACGGCGCUGCCGCUCCGCACGCUCUUCUCCAACUGGCUCAAGCAGUGGCGCGACGAGGCCAAGGCGCGCCACUCGCAGUCGGCACUCGUGUUCAACACGGCGUACGAGGCUCUGCGCGCCUGUCCGCUCGCCUUUGCCCACCCGGCCGAGCUCGCGCAGCUGGCGGGCGUCGGCAAGACGCUCGUGCAGCGCCUCACGGAGCGCCUCGAGGCGUGGUGCGAGGAGCAGGGCAUGCCCAUGCCGCAGAGACCGCGCCGCGUGCAGGAUGCCGGCUCAGACGCCUCGUCCGAGAGCGAUGCAGACGGCCAUGCGCGCGCCAAGGCACGGCGCAAGGCACAGCCUGCGGCCAAGGCGGGCAGCAGCAGCAAGGCGAGCUCCUCGAGAGCUACGGACAAGGCGCCCGCUGCGGCCAAGAAGGCGCCGCGCGCAUACGUUCCUGCCGCACGAUCGGGCGCACACGGCAUCCUCGUGGCGAUGUAUGCCGCCACGUCAUCUCUGCCCGAGUCUGAGCCUGAGGAGGGGGGCGGUGCAGGGCCUUCCGGCAGCACAGAUGCGCGCGACUAUCUGUCAAAGAGCCGCAUCAUCGAGCUGGCGACGCCGCAUGCCGACUCGUCGUACCUGCCGCGCGCGCCGAUCCCUGGCGCACCGACCUACGGCAUGAGCUUCAACACAGCGUGGUCAGGCAUGAAGACGCUCGUCAACCGCGGCUAUGUCUACCGCACCGGCAAUCCGCCGCGCUUCGGCCUGAGCUCUGCGGGCUUUGAGAUCGCCGCGGAGUGUGCGCAGCGCGAAGGAGUCCAGAUGGGCUCCGCCGUUGAAGAGGCAGCGAGCGACACGCCGGCUCAAGGCUCGCGCGUCCGAGCCGCGAAGAGCAAGACCGCAGACCCGCCGGUAUCGACAGCCGGAUCGUCACGGCCUGCAGACACGUCGCCCGCCAAGAGCGCUGCUGCCUCGUCCGCCUUUCGCUUCGUGUACCUCACGGACGCGCGGCCGCCUCUCCGCGUGCUGGAGCGCAGCCGCGCCGCACUGCGCCUCAGCGACAAGGACUACACGCCGACGUAUCGCAUCGAGUUUCCGGCCGCGCUGGCAGAGCACGUCUUUGUGCGCAUGUGUCUGGAGGACGUCGAGGUGGAGAAUGACUGCGCGCAGGGGUGGGCGAGGGAGCUGGGCGCAAAUGAGCUGGCGCCGGGACUGGGAGAGGAGAUACAAGUCGGGAAGCCGCCGUCGAGGCCACAAGCAGCCCGUCAGGAUGCAGCUUCACGAACGGCUCGCCGCAAGUCGCCCGCCGCCGGGCGCAGUGCGGCACGCGGGGCGAGCGAGGCAAGUAGAUCGGUCUCGCCUGCGAAGCCAUCAGAAGGCGCGCCCGGCUCGUUCGCGCCCGUCCGCCCUGGCGGCCUCAUCCUGCCCACGGGCCCGCGCUUUGCGCCCGAACCCGAGCCUAAGCAGCCCGCACGGCGCGCAGCAACGGCGCCGAAGGAGACGGUGCACCUGCUCACGUCCUCCGACUCCGAAGCCGAGAAUCUUGGGCGCGGGAGCGGUCAGCGCGUGCACAAGCGCGCAUCACCCGCCGCUAGAGUGCAGCAGCAUGCUCCCUCGUCCGACGUCGAGGUGCUCGAGACACGGCCUGCGCGCAAGGCGCUCGCGCCGCUGAAGGACCGUCGCCUUGUCUCGGACCCCUCGCGCCCAACAGGCUCGCGACGGCGGGCGAUGAGCGAGAGCGAGAGUGAGGGCGGCGGCAGCGAAGAGCUGCCCGACGUCGGCGAGCUCUUCAGAGGCAUGGGCCGGACAAGGCGCGCGGCGAUGCUCAAGGAGAGCGACAAGCCGCGCAGCAAGACGACGCAGCCCAAGAAGAAAAAGGCGCGCUCGAGCGAGGAGGUCAUCGUGCUCGACUGAGCGGCGCUGAAGCCCUGCCCGUGCUACGUCGCUCCCGAACUGCUCGCCGCGCCUCCACGUAUACCAUCAUCACACACUACCCGCGCUCCCUCAGCCACAUCAUGUACAUCACCAGCAUCACGCCCACUGAGCCCCUGCACGAUCGCAUUCAGUCCUCCUCGUGCUCCCGCAUGAACUGCUCGAACACCUGCUGUCUCCUCUCGUCACCGCCAAGGCGCCGCUUGAACUCCUCGAACUCCUCCUUCUUCAUCUUGUACCCCUCCGCCUGCGCGUCCGGAAAGGUGCGGGCGCGCACGGCGUCGACGUACGCGCGUACCGCUGCGAUGCGCAGGCUGCCGACGGUCACGCCGCCGGCGACAGGGGCGGCAAACGCGCGCACGAACUUGGGCGGCUGUGGGGUGGAUGCGCCCGGCAGC